GAGUACACUGAGCCAGAGGGAGCUGACACUCUGUCCCCUCCCCCACAGUCCCAUCAGUCUGUACCAGAGAGCUUACACACCCCAUGGUCCCCUCCCCCCCACAGUCUAGUCCCAUCAUCUGUACCAGAGAGCUUACACUCUAAUGUCCCCUCCCCCACAGUCCCAUCAGUCUGUACAGAUGGCUUACACUCUAAUGUCCCCUCCCCCACAGUCACAUCAGUCUCUGUACAGAGGAGCUUACACUCUAAGGUCCCCCCCCCACAGUCCAUCAGUCUCAGUACCAGAGGAGCUUACACUCUAAUAUCCAGGCCCCCCCACAGUCCCAUCAGUCUCUGUACAGAGAGAGCUUACACUCUAAUGUCCCCUCUCCCCCACAGCCCCCCAUCAGUC